AAACAAAACUGAAACUCGCAAAUGUUGGAACGCUCCGAGCAUGUGCUCCAGCAAUCAAUGGGCGAGAAAGUUUUCACGAUACUGUUCGACUCGUCUAAGCACGAGCUUUUCAGCGUUAGCGAUGGCUACAAGGUGCUACAGAGGCGGCUCAAAAGCAUGUGGCAAGUCCAGAGCGGAAACACGCAGAUAUCGCCCGAUCUGUUGUCCGGCAUCGACGCCCUCGUGCUUGGCGGUCCACGACAAAAGUUUACGGAGAUGGAGUUUUCAGCCUUGCGAGACUUUGUGACUCAAGGAGGGAGGCUACUGGUUUUACUUGGUGAAGGUGGGGAACGCCGCUUCCAGACCAACAUAAACUUCCUGCUUGAAGAAUUCGGCAUUGUUGUCAACAGCGAUGCUGUUGUGAGGACAGCCUAUCACAAGUACCCUCAUCCAAAAGAAGCACUGAUCUCUGAUGGAAUCCUCAACAGAGCUGUGAGCAGGGCUCUUGAGGAGACGGCGCUUGGCUCCACUUUGAGUGGUGAUAGCCGAGGACUGACAUUUGUCUACCCGUUUGGUGCCACGCUAAAUGUUGCCAAGCCUGCUGUGGCUCUCCUGUCUACGGGGGGCUGCUCUUUCCCUGUGGCACGUCCCGUAUGUGCACUCUACGUCGGGCAAAAGGGUGUCUCAGGAAGAAUAGUGGUUCUCGGCUCGUGCCAUCUUCUCUCAGACCACUACUUAGACAAGGAGGACAACAGCAAGGUCAAGGAUGUGUUGUUCCACUUCCUGACCAAUGAUCAAGUGCAGCUGAAUGCCAUUGAUGCUGGAGACCCUGAGGUGUUCGACUACAACCCCAUUCCAUCACUGAGCACGAUUGCCGAUGCCCCAUUCUGCUGCCUUCAAGAGGGGGAGGAACUGCCCAAUGACCCCAUGGAGCUGUUCCGCAAACAGCUGUACACCCUCGACAACUCUAUGCUUCCUGCAGUUAUCAAUGCCUAUGAAGAGCUUGGUGUGCCACACGAGCCUCUGAGACUGAUCAGUCCACAAUUUGAAUGCCCGCUGCCACCGCUUCAACCUGCGGUCUUCCCACCUUGCUUCAGAGAACCCGGUGGGCCACCACUGGAGUUGUUCGACUUGGAUGAAGAGCUGAGCUCGGAGAGCCGCCGUCUGGCCCAGCUUGCUAAUAAGUGCACCGAUGAGGACUUGCACUAUUUCCUGCUGCAGUGCGGACAAGUACUAGGCAUCGGCACAGCCACAGGUGAACCGAAGCACAUCAUAGAGCACGUGCUCACACGCCUCGUCGAGUUUCGAAAGCUCAACCAGUGUGGAGACCCAAUGCCUGGGGCAUUGGAAGAGCAAGACAUCAUAGCCGACCAGGACAAUUUGUGAUGAUUAGCAGUGUCACUCUAGAACUUAUAUU